AUGCAGGAAUUGAUGGACCCAGGAUUGACAGAGAAGAUGAAAACCGUCUACCUCGUCCUACUUGCCGCCGCCGCCACCGGUCCCGCCAUCGCCGUCACGUUCGAUGAGACUGCAGAAGCAACAGCAUACAUUCCCGGCCUCCACGAAAGACCUGACUUUUUCGAGUUCGACAGCACCAUGAAGGACACCUUUGCUACCAUACGAGAACGGGCCGCCGUUAUACCCAAGCCCGCCACCGAGGAGCUUGCGGCUUCGUGCCGUCGCUCUUUUCCCCUGAGCUGCACCUCGGACAUCGGGUUCAAGUGUGCUCUCAAGUGUAUGGACCCGACUAGAACUAGCAACCCGAUCUCGUGCGUCAAGAGGUGCGCAGAUGUCGAGAUUGCGGAGUGCGUUGCUUUGGGCUGCCCAUAG